GGGUUCUGUAGCUUGAAGACAUUCGUGGUUUUUAAACUCCAGAAUGUUUUAAAAGAAGUUGUAUGGCGUUUGCAUUUUUCCCUUUCAGCUCCAGUGUCCAGUGCGCUGACCGUAUGGUUUUCUCAGAGAGCGGUCAUCAUAGUCGGAGGUCUGCUGUCGGCCUUCAGCAUGAUUCUGGCGUCUUUUGACUUCAAUCUGCUCUCGCUCUUCCUCACCAUGGGCGCCCUGCAAGGAGUGGGCAUGUCCUUAUCGUGGAUCCCUGCCAACAGCAUGGUGAACCACUACUUUGUACGCUGGCGUCCCAUCGCCGUCGCCAUCGCCAGCUCCGGGGAGUGCUUCUUCGCCAUCAUGUUCAGCCCCUUCUUCCAGUGGCUGCUUGAGACGUACAGCUGGCAGGGGGCCUUGCUCAUCAUCGGAGGCCUUCGGCUCAACCUGUGCGUCUGCGGCGCUGUCAUGAGGCCCCUGGAGGAAGUCUGGAGUCCGACGCAGGAAAACAAAGAAAAUCCUCAAGCAGCAGAAGAAGAAGACGCCGCCGUGGUCCCACCGAAGAGGAAGCUCAUCUUCCAGUUCUCCCUGAUGCGAAAACCUGAACUGCUCCUCUACAUCCUGUUUGCCAUCUUCGCGGCGGCAGGAAUAUUCAUCCCGCCGCUCUUCCUGGUGCCCUUCGCCAGAAGUUCGGGGAUGGAUAGCUACUGGCCUUCCUCCAUCCUCUCCAUCCUGGCAUUGGCGGACCUGGCGGGGAGGCUGCUCUGCGGGUGGAUCGCCAACAUGAGGCUGGUGAGGAACCUGCAGCUGCUCACCAUGGUGGUCGCUCUGCUCGGGGUGGUGCUCCUGCUGCUGCCCAUCAGCCACAACUACUGGGCCAUCCUGGUCUUCGCCUCGCUCUACGGCUUCCUGUUCGGCAGCGUGGUGGCCAUUCACAUCACUUCCAUCGUGGACAUUGUCACGCUGGAGGCGUUCGACAGUGGACUGGGGCUCUUCAUGUUCUUCCGGAGCAUCGGGGGAUUCAUCGGUCCACCUGCUGCAGGCUGGCUGGUGGACCAGACGGGCGACUACAGCGUGGCCUUCUACCUCUCGGGCGUCUGCAUGAUUUUUUCAAUGGUGUUUGUCGCCCUGGUCGACCGCCUGGUUCAGAGGAGAAAUUCAGUCAACGUCCAAGUUCAUCAAGAGGUUAUCUAGGGCGAAAACCAUACGUCAGCAGAGAAGUCAAGUGAGACUUGUUUUAGGAUCUUAACCUGAUGAUGAGCCCGAGGUGUUCGCUCACAUGCCUGAUGCCGGGCGCUUUGACCCAGUUUGACUUGUGGGUGCAGUUUCAGAAUCUGUCAAUCGACCAAUCCUGAGCCUUCCGUUUAUAUAAAUAGUGCAUCAUAAAUAAUGAAUGCAACGAUCAAACCGGCAACAUUUUUAUUUUCUAAAGACAUGAGUGAAAUAUAUACUUUUUAUUUAUUUUUAAAGCCAAUGAGAGACUUUAAGAGGUUAGAAGAUUGAAGUAGUGCAAAGGAUGCAAACAGGUUUAUUUGACAUGAGUCACUUAAUUGCAGGUUAACACCCUAAAUGUUCAGGUGUGAAAGGAUUUAAAGUUUGUUUUUCUUUUAGUGCGUCAUGGUGUUUUUCAAAUGCUGGUUGAGCCCGUUCAUCUCAGCCAUUAUGACCACAAUACUUGGCUACACAUAUUAAAGAAGAAGAAGCAGAAAUGGAUCCUGUGCCGUUUCAAAAGCUUGCAAUAUAGUUUGUGACAAAACAUAAAUUCAAGUUGCUGUUGACAAUCUGCAGGAUCAAAAUGAGUCUCUUUGCGUUUGUCGGGGACUAUUUUCAUAAACGUGUUUUUGAUGCGCUCGAGUAUUUAUAGCAGCAGUGUGGCUUGUUGAGAUUUUUUAAUGUGUGGAUAACCAUGCAGCGCUGUGGCACAGAAAUCAGCUGCAUCAGUUGAUACUUUAUAUGUAAUUGUUGGUUUUGGUCUUUGCAUGAGAUUUGUUGACCAACAGGAAACCUGGAGAAUAUCAGACUGAUCCUGUAACUCUAGGUUUUAUGACUUUAAUAUACAUGUAUUGUGUCCAAUUAAGUUAUUCCUGUGCAAUGAUGAAGUUUGAAGGUUAAUAAGAUUUGGUAACUUAAUGUGUAUUUUCUUAACUAUAUAUUUUUUGAAGUACUUGAACUAUAUUUCUCAUACGCACAGUUUGAUGCACCAUCUUUCAACUUGGGAAGUGAACCUUUUUUUUUUUUAAAGCCAUAUCCAAGAAUAAUUCAUGGCUUCCUUUUGUACCUUUUUUGAGGGACUUGAACUUUUUAAAGUUGUCUGAUUUGUUAACUUCACCUGUGAAAUA